AUGAAGAGACAGGUACCUGGGAUUUUCGGGGCAAACCUACUGUCUCAGGUACCAGAGUUUAAGAAAUUAAUGACAGAAGAUAAGAAAAGGACUGGUUUUGCUAAAGUGGCGGGGUCCUGUAACGUGUGGGUCCCCCCCUUUAGUGAAGCUGAUGUACUAGUGACUGGCCCUCAGUGGGGCUGUAGUGCUGUUGUGGAGCCUUUAUCGGUUCCAAUUUGUGGAAACUUGUCUGUGGCGAGCACUCUUGUAAAUACGUCCAGGGCGUGCUUUGUGGUCAAGGUAGCUGACCAGACCGCAAAAGAUAUCUGGCUCAAACCCAGAACACGUCUUGGAAUUGUGCGGGAAUGUGAUGUGUUGCAACAGGGGGAGCCUUUGUUGUUCUUUCAGGAAAGUAACUCAGUGACGGUCUCUUGUGGCCUCAGUGCAGAUCCUCGGAAGCCACCCAAACGGGAAGCCGAGGACAUGGCGCGUUGGCAGGGGUCGCAAGAGCUCCCAACCGGGAUCACUGUCGUAUGCUUUCCUGGAACAGAGCAGCAGCGGGAGACGGCUCUCCAAAUCAUCAGAAAUUACCGAGAUGUGUUCGCCAAAGACAGUGAUGACAUGGGGUGUACUUCCACCACCUACCAACGUAUCCACACCGAGGACGAUGUACCCGUGAUGGAGCGGCACCGGCGGAUACCCCCAAACCAGUACCAAGAAGUGAAACAGCACCUGCAGGACCUCCUGAGGCGUCAAGUGAUCAAGCCGAAUAAAAGCGAUUAUGCGUCCCCCAUAGUGCUCGUAAGGAAGAAGUCUGGCGCCAUCCGCCUGUGCGUAGACUACAGGAAGCUCAACGGCAAGACGCAGCGCGACGCGUACCCCCUACCGAGAGUCGAGGAAUCCCUGGAUGCACUUCGUGGGGCAAGGUUUUUCUCAACGAUUGACCUUGCCUCCGCCUACAAGUGGGGGUGGACCCCCGAAUGCCUUUCGGCCUCCAGAACGCGCCUGCAACGUUCCAAAGACUGA